AUGGAAAAUUAUCACAUAUUACAUUUAAUAGGAGAAGGUUCCUUCGGGAAGGUUUAUAAGGGAAGACUCAAAAGGAGUAAUUAGAUUGCUGCCCUUAAAUUUAUUAGCAAGAGAGGGAAGUCAGAAAAAGAUUUGGCAAAUUUGAGAUAAGAAAUUGAAAUUUUAAGGAGAUUGAAGCAUGAAAAUAUCAUAUUAUUAUUAGAUGCAUUUGAAACUGCAGGUGAAUUUUGUUUAGUAACAGAAGUAAUCUUUUUGAUAGAAUAUUGUUUAGUUUGGACAAGGUGUAUUAUUUGAAAUUUUGGAGGAUGAUCACAAAAUAUCAGAGAGUGAAGUUAGAAUCAUAGCUUAAUAAUUAGUGAGAGCAUUGCAUUAUCUACAUUCGAAUAGAAUAAUUCAUAGAGAUAUGAAACCAUAAAACAUUUUAAUUUCUGCAGAUGGAGUAGUUAAAUUAAUAGAUUUUGGAUUUGCUAGAGCAAUGUCAACAAACACUUAAGUUCUUCAUUCAAUCAAAGGAACUCCUCUUUAUAUGGCACCAGAAUUAGUCUAAGAAUAGCCUUAUGAUCACACAGUUGAUUUAUGGUCUUUAGGUGUCAUACUUUAUGAACUAUUUGUUGGAUAGCCUCCCUUUUAUACAAAUUAAAUCUAUUCUUUGAUUUAAUUAAUUAUUAAGGAUCCUGUAAAAUAUCCAGACAACAUGAGUUAAGAAUUUAUGAGUUUUUUAAAAGGAUUACUUAAUAAGACACCAUCAUAAAGGUUGGGUUGGCCAGAAUUAUUAAAUCAUCCAUUUAUUACUGAAACUGAUUAAGAAAAAUGUGAUAGAAAGAAAAGAUUAUAAUAAUAUAAUUAGUGGGCAGGUGUUGAAGAUGAAGUUAUUGAUAAAAGAAAAAGAUCUUUGACACCAACUCGUGAGAUUAUAACUUAUGAUUAAAUGAAAGAUAAUCGAGAUAUAUCACCAAAAAGAAUGCCAUGUAAUGAUGAAUUUUGGGUUAGAUGUGAAUAAAUUGCAAAUGAUGUUCAAGGUGCUACUUAAUUGAGAUGUGAUCCUGCAUUUUUAGAUAAAUUAUUAUAAGUAUUAGCUCCCCCAAAAAAACCAGCAUUAUAGAGUGCUUUAAAAGUAUUUGGAUUAGUCAUUACAAAAGGAAAUUAAUAGGAAGGAUUGGAUGUAGUAAAAAACUAACAAAUUCCUAUUCAAUUAAUUACUCAUGUUAGAAAUAUUUUAAGGUAAGGAAAUUCUGAAUUAUUAUCUGAAUUGAUUAAGACUAUUGGAUUAUUAGCUUAAGCAACAUUUGAUAAAAAUAUAGGAAUUGACAAUAUUUUUAUAAAAUUUGUUGGUUUGACUGCUUAAAUACUCAGAGUUGGUUAGAAUAAUGAAUUAAUAAAUACUAUUAAAACAAUAGGACUUUUUGCAAAUUAAGCAAGUUUAAAUCCAAUAAGAUCAGUUUUAUUUUAUAAAGAAUUAGUUGAACAUAAUUUAGUUAAUGAAAUUUCAAAGCUUACAAAAAAUAAUUUAAUUAUUCAUAAAUUAGCUACUUAGGUAAUUAGUGUAUUGAUUCAUCCAAUAAAUGGAGAAAUAAUUCAUUUUCCAUGGAAGAAGGGUUAUUCAACAUAAGUGCAAAAUUUUAAUGAAUCAUUGUCUCUAUUCGAAUCUUUGAAAAAUUAAAUUUUAAUAUCUUAUGCAGAAAUAGAUCAUUUAAAGAUAUGUAAUUAUUAGGAUGAAUAAUAAAAUUUGAUAAGAAUUUCAGUAUUAAGAAUAUUACUUUAAAUGAUAAGGAUAAAGAAAGAUAUUCAAAUUCCAAAAGAAAUUCUAAAUUAAUCACUUAAUUCAUAAGAGCCAUUACUUUAAGGGACUGUAUUGUUAAUUUUAGUCUAAUAAUAUAAAAAUAGAAAUUAUGAAUAUCAAAUUACUUUUUAAUAAGUAAUAAGCAUUUUUGAAAACAAUAUUUAAAAUAAUCCAAUAGUGUCUCUAUCAGCAAUCUAAUUAAUAGCAGAAUUAUUAUAAUCAGACAUGAGUUUUAUAAACUAACUACUAAAUUAUUUCACAUAAUAACAUCCAUAUAAAUUAAUUUCUGAAUUGGUAAAUCCAACUAAAAAAAGUAAUAGAUUGGAAGAGAUUCGAAAAUUAGAAGGUAGUUGUUUUGGAAUUCCUAAUUAUGGAUUUGUUGAUGGAGUAAUAACAUUAAUAUCUAAAUUAUUAUUUCGUUAUAAUAAAGAAUAAAGAAAAUUAACAGAUUUAUUUAUAUUAUUAGAAAAAUAUGAAAUUCAUUAACUAGUAUAUUCAAUUUUUUAAAACAUAACAAGUAGAAAUGAUGUUUCCCCUAAAGGAUUUGUUUUUUUAUUAAUAUUAAUUCAUGACUCCAUAUAUUCAAACUUUAAAGCAUUAGGUUAAUUAAUGUUUCAAGAUAAUUCAAUUAGAAUUUUGUGUUCAUUUUUGAAAGAUGUUUAAUUAUAAAAUAUUUUAGAAUGGCCUACUUCUUUUGGUGGUGGCUUUGGUUGUGUAAAUAAAAUUGGAGAAUAGAUUAUUAAAAUAUUUAUUCUAGCUUUAUAAGAGCAAAAUAAUCCUCAUAUAUAUAAAGAAUUAAGUAAUUAAGAUGUAGUAGCUCUUAUUUUAAGCCUAAUUAAACAUUCACAAAAGGAAUAAAUACUUUUAAUUAUUUCCUUUAUAUCCAAAUUAGUAUGGAAUAAUGAAGAGGAUAAAUAUUUUGCAUAGAGUUUUAUCUAAAAUAAUGGACUUGCAAUUUUGUAAAAGUAUUCAAUUAUGAGUGUUGAUUCAAUUAACAUUUUAUCUUAAUUAGCAAGAAUUAGUAUUGAUUAUUAUACUAAUAUACACCAGAUGAAUUUAUACAAUGAAUUAAAAUAAUUAAUUUAGUCUCCUGAUUGUAAUUUAAGAGCUAAAGUAUGCAAUUUAAUAGGAAAUCUAUGUAGACAUUCAUCUUAUUUUUAUGAACAACUUUUGAAAUAUGAUUUAAUUAAUCUAUGUAUUAAAUGUUGUUCAGAUCCUGAUAAAAACACAAGGAAAUUUGCAUGUUUUGCAAUUGGAAAUGCAGGAUUUCAUAGUGAUAGAUUAUAUGAAAAUUUAAGACCAGUCAUACCUUAAUUAGUAGAAUUACUCAAAGAUUAAGAAGUAUUAAAUGAUAUAAAUAAUAUAAUUAGGAAAAAACAAGAUCCAAUGCAGCAGGGGCUCUUGGAAAUUUAGUCAGAAAUUCAAAUAUGUUAAUUAAAGACUUUAUUAAACAUGGAGCAUUAAAUUAAUUAUUAGAAUUAGUGAAAUCUGAUCAGACAACUAGAAUCUCCUUAUUUUCGAUAGGAAAUCUAUGUUAAUAUCCUGAAUGUAAGAGAAAAUUUGAAGAGUUAGAAAUCAGAUAAAUUAUCGAACAAUCAUUAGUAAAUAUUAUUAUAACAUAAAUAAGGCUUCUACAAAUGAUUAAUAAAUUUAGAGAUAUGGAAGAAGAGUGUUAAUUAAACUUGAUGAAAAUUGAA